AUGCUGCUCUCCAUGGCCGCGGCCCUCUUCUUACGCCGCCUCGGCCGCCGCAAAGCCAUCCGCCUGCUCUCCGUCGUCUUCGUCCUCUUCAACACGUUCGACGUUGUCCGCAUCCACCACAACCUGGCCCGCGAGCGCGAGUACGUGGCCCGCAAGACGGGCCGCGCCCAGGAGCGCAUCUACAUUGCCGGCAUGCACUUCAACAACGGCGAGCUGCUCAAGGCGCACUGGAACAAUGCGGUGCUGGAGCUGGUGGACCUGUUUGGGCCGGAGAAUCUGUUUGUCAGCGUGUACGAGAGCGGCAGCUGGGAUGACAGCAAAGAGGUGCUGCGCGACCUGGACCACCAGCUCGAGGCGCGCGGGGUGCCGCACCGGGUCGACAUAUCAGACGUGACGCACGCCGAUGAGAUUCAGCGCCCCGGCGGGCAAGACGGGCAGGAAGACGGCUGGGUCGAGACGGCGAGGGGCAGGCGCGAGCUGCGGAGGAUACCGUACCUGGCCAAGCUGCGCAACAAGACGCUGCAGGACUUGUUUGAUUUGUAUAAAAAGGGCAUCACGUUUGACAAGAUUUUGUUCUUGAAUGAUGUCGUCUUCACGACGGACGACAUCGUCACGCUGAUGGACACAAACGAUGGCGCGUACGGCGCCGCGUGCUCGCUCGACUUUGCCAAGCCGCCGCUGUACUAUGAUACAUUUGCGCUGCGCGACGCCGAGGGCAGCGCGCACAUUAUGCAGACAUGGCCGUACUUCAAGGCCCGCGGGUCGCGGUCGCCGCUCGUCAACAACCGCGACGCCGUCCCGGUGAUGAGCUGCUGGAACGGCAUCGUCGUCAUGCCCGCCGAUCCCUUUGUGUCCCCCACCAAGCUGCGCUUCCGGGGCAUCCCCGACUCCCUCGCCCGGCACCAUCUCGAAGGCUCCGAGUGCUGCCUCAUCCACGCCGACAACCCGCUGUCGCGGACCCUCGGCGUCUACGUGAACCCGCGCGUGCGCGUCGGCUACAACCUGCCCGCGUACCAGGCCACGCACCCGCCGUCGUCGUCGUGGGUGGCGGCCGUGGACAUCUUUCUCGGCCUCUGGACGAACCGCAUCAAGCGCUGGACGCGCGUCUCGUUUCAGGGCUGGGUCGUGCGCUCGCGCGUCGACGAGUGGCAAAAGGCCGACAUGGCCCGGCACGAGCCCGGCGUGUUUUGCCUGAUUAAUGAGAUGCAGGUGCUGGUGGAGAAUGGAUGGGCGCAUGUGUGA